CCACUGUGAGGGUUGUGCUGUUGCUCUGCUCGGCAGCAGGAGGUUCCUCUCUCUCUUCGUCCCUCUUUCUCUAAAGAGAUGUCAGUAUUGAAGGGAUCUGAAGCAGACAUGGUGAACCAGAAAACAGAGGAUGAAGGGACGGACAAUCGGGUCCACCUGAGGCGCAGCAUUAGCCUGGUGCCUGCGGUGUCUUUUAUCGUGGGCAGCAUGGUGGGCAGCGGGAUCUUCAUCGCCCCUAAAGGAGUGCACAUCAACACAGGCAGCGUGGGGCUCUCGCUGCUCGUCUGGGCGCUCUGUGGACUCCUGUCUACGUUUGGUGCUUUGUGCUACGCUGAGCUGGGAACCAGUUUCAGAAAGUCUGGUGCACAUUACACGUAUUUGCUUGAGACCCUGGGGCCACUUCCUGCUUUCCUGAGGCUUUGGUCUGAGUUCAUUUUCAUCAGACCCGCGGUGACGGCGUAUAUCGCCCUGGCUUUCGGACACUAUGUCGUCGAACCGUUUUUCACGCCGUGCCCAGCUCCUCUGCCGCUAAUCAAAUUGACCAGCUUUCUCGGAGUCACAUUUCUGGUCGCUGUGAACUGCUGGAGCGUAUCGCUAGCCUCUCGUAUGCAGGUUGUCCUCCUGAUCGUUAAACUCUUUGCUCUGGUUCUGAUCAUCGUCCCAGGAGUUAUGGCUCUGGCCCAAGGGCGAACCGAAAACUUCGAGAACGCUUUCAAGAUGGAGUCGCUCUCGCUAGCAAAGCUGCCAUUAGCCUUCUACUCGGGGCUUUACGCCUAUUCCGGAUGGUUUGCGUUGAACUUCGUGACCGAAGAAGUUAUCGAUCCAAAAAGGAACAUUCCGCUGGCCAUCAGUUUGUCCAUGGUCACGGUUACUACUUUAUACGUGCUCGUGAACGUCGCGUAUUACACCGUGAUUACCGAAGACGAGCUGCUGAGAUCGGACGCCGUCGCGGUGACAUUCACCAGCAAAGUCCUGCCCAGGAUGGUGUCAGUGGUGCCCCUACUGGUGGCCAUGUCCUGUCUAGGGGCCAUGAACGGAGGGAUCUUUUCAGUACCGAGAAUGUUAUUUGUGGCAGCCAGAGAAAGGCAAUGGCCAGCUAUAUUUUCCAUGAUACACAUACGAAGAAAGACACCGAUGCCUGCUGUUCUACUGCUGUCCCCUCUGGUGUUUAUCAUGCUGGCAAGAGAAGACAUCUAUCAGCUGAUCAACUUCGCCUCGUUCUCGCGCUGGCUCUUUAUCGCCAUGGUUACGCUGGGGCUCCUGGUCCAUCGCUACCGAUUCCCGGACCAUCCGAGGGCGUUCAAGGUUCCUCUGGCGGUUCCUGCGAUCUUCACUGUGGUGUGUUUCUUUAUCGUGGGUCUGUCUCUGUAUUCAGACCCCUGGAACACAGGCUGCAGUUUGGCCGUCACUCUUACUGGAAUCCCCGUUUACUACCUGACCAUAAAGCACUCGUACGUUCCGAGCCGGUGGAGAAAAGCCUUCAAUUAUUGCAGCAGACAGCUUCAGAUCUUGUUGGAGGUGGUGCAGCAGGAAGUUCCGACAUACUGAAUACACUUCAUCCCAAACUUCUUCUACAUAAGUUCUUCAUGAAGAACUUUUAACAUCCCUGAAAUAUUUCGAUUGCACAAAAAGGGUCUUCAUACGCAGUAAUCUCAAUGUUGAUCGUAUAGAACGUCAUAGAAUGUAGUUACAAAACCGAUUGUACGUGGUGAUAACAAAAGGUUUUAAGACCUGGAGGUAUUUCUUUUCCAGGCACCUUCCGCAAUUUGCGCCAGAUCUCCGCAAUCUUGUCAAAACGCAGAGCAUCUUCCGGACCGUCUUCUAGCACUGCUCCCGAUGUACAUUACACAGGACCACAUAUCACUUAAAGACUUAUGAAGGUCGGCGCUACCUGUGACUGUGCGGGCAGCCUUGUGCUGCCAUCUGUUGGUGUAUUACAGAACUAGCCUCAAAACUUUAUCAUACCACCCUAUAUGGCCAUUCGAUCGAUUCAUAAUUCAUGUUUCAUAAACCCAUGUACAUUCAAAUUCUACCAUUUAUCACAAAUGUUCACUAGUUAUAGAUUCUAACGUAGUUUUGAACCGGAUCAGUGCUAAAACAAAAAGUGGUUCUUUGGGAGAACCGAAAACGAACCACCUUGUCAACUGAUUCUCAGAGUUUAUACUGUCUUUUAACAAAAUACACUCUAUGGUCAAAAGUUUGUGGACACCUGACCGCAAGAUUGGUAUGCAAACAAUUUUUGACCUCAUUUGUUGUUAUAAAAAGCUCCACGCUUGGGACGCCAUUCCACGUGAUUUUGGAGUGCACUUCUAGAUAUUUGAAGAUCUUCCACUCGAACCCAUAUGUUCAUGGAGCUGGUUUUGUGCACAUGCUGGAACAAGUUUAAGUCUCCUAGUGAUGGGAAAUAAAACUAUAUACGGCUGGAAAAAAAAGGCAGGUUUCCCAAUCAUUUUGUCCAUAUAAUGUAAACUAAUACACAGAAAGUUGAUGAAGGAUUUUAAUAAAAUUUUAUUAACAAUA